AUGACAACAAUCUCGAGUCUCUUCAAGGUUCUAAGUUGCAGGGACCACGUUGACUAUGCUAUAACAGUGAUCGCUCUAUCCUCUGUUUUAUGGUAUAUUCGGCUUUACGCAAAGUCCAAACGGCAGGUUCAUCCCUUGCCUCCGGGACCAAGAGGUCUUCCAAUAAUCGGAAACCUCCCGUUCCUCAAACCAGAGCUUCACACCUACUUCCAAGGACUGGCUAAAGAGCACGGUCCCAUUUUCAAACUCUGGCUCGGCUCCAAGCUGGCGAUAGUGGUUAGCUCCUCUGAGGUGGCUCGUGAGAUUCUACGAACCAACGACGUCAUUUUCGCCAACCACGAUGUUCCUGCCGUAGCUCUCAUAAACACGUAUGGUGGUAUUGAUAUAGCCUGGUCACCAUAUGGACCAAGGUGGCGGAUGCUGAGGAAACUAUGUGUUAAUAGGAUACUGAGCAACGUUAAGUUGGAUUCAUCUGCUGACCUACGUCGGGGAGAGACCAGGAGAACAGUUAGGUAUUUAGCGGAUCUGGCUCGAGCCCGGUCACAGGUUAACUUAGGAGAACAAAUAUUCGUGAUGAUAUUAAAUGUUGUAACGCAGAUGUUGUGGGGCGCUACGGUUGAAGAAGAAGAGAGGGAGAUUGUUGGAGCGGAGUUCUUAGAAUUAGUUCAAGAGAUGAAUGACCUCCUGAUGGUGCCCAAUAUAUCUGACUUUUUCCCGGUAUUGGCCCGGUUUGAUCUUCAGGGUUUGGCUAAGCGUAUGCGAGGACUGGCUCAGAGGAUGGACCGGCUGUUCGACCGGGUUAUUAAUCAACGGCUGGAGAUGGAUAAGGGAAGUGAACUGAAGGGUGAAGAUUUUUUAAAGGCCUUACUAAAAAUCAAGGAUGAAGAAGAUGGUCAGACAGAUUUGAACAUGAACGAUGUGAAGGCGUUGCUCAUGAACAUGGUGCUGGGUGGUACAGAUUCAUCGUUACAUGUCAUAGAGUUCGCAAUGGCCGAGCUAAUAAACAAACCGGAUAUCAUGAAGAGAGCUCAACAAGAACUUGACGAAGUUGUGGGAAAAGAUAAAAUAGUGGAGGAGUCUCACAUCCCUAAACUUCCGUACAUUCUUGCCAUUAUGAAAGAAACUCUCAGGCUUCACAUGGUUGCACCACUCCUGAUUCCUCACCGACCAUCCCGAACCACCGUGGUGGGCGGCUUCACUAUCCCUAAAGAUUCAAAGGUCUUCAUUAAUGCGUGGGCAAUCCAUAGGAAUCCAAAUGUGUGGGAGAACCCACUUGAGUUUGAUCCCAACCGGUUUCUUGAUGAAUCUUAUGACUUCAACGGAAAUGAUUUCAACUAUAUUCCGUUUGGAGCUGGUCGUAGAAUAUGCGUGGGAAUGGCCAUGGGCGAGAGAGUUGUUCUUUAUAAUAUCGCUACGCUUUUGCAUUCUUUUGACUGGAAACCUCCUCAAGGAGAAAGAAUGGAGGUCGAGGAGAAGUUUGGGAUCGCGUUGAAACUGAAGAAUCCACUUCUUACCACCCCCGUGCUAAGGUUGUCCGAUCCAAAUCUUUAUCUGUAAAAUCCAACAUGUUAUAUGGCUUUUGCAUACUGAAAAAGUGAAAAGGUUUGGUAGUCUAUAUCCUUUUCCAAGUCCUACAUGUCUUGCGUGUCUUUUUUUUUGUCUAUACAUAAUUUGUAUUAUUGGAUUUAUAAAAGGGUGUUUGGAAACCCAUAAGAGUAUUC